AACGGCGAAUAUCAGACAAGAAUUCUAAAUACGAAUUGUUCUGCAUUCAAAUUGUUAUGGUCAUGUGUUGUUAUGUUUCUUGAAUCAAAUCACAAUGCUCAUUUUUUAUUUAUUAAUUUAUGUUUUAUAGUCAGUAAAGAAUUUUAUUAUUAUUUAGAAAAUCUACUGUGAUAUUAUACUGAAUUAUUAUUAUUUUAAUCAUGGUCGAUGUAUCACCAUCAUCGGUUCAAAGUCCUGAAACACAAAAUCGUAAAGAUUCGUUACAGAAUUCUAGCCUUCUUCUUUUAUCCAUCAUUUUGAUAUCAACUUUGUCUUUAUUUAUUGUUUAUCUUAAUUUUCCCAAACUAGAGCCUCAUGAAAAGCAGCAUUUCAAGUUGCCUAUGAACAUUGAUGAUGCCAAAAAUUUGGGAAACGUUUUAUCUGGGUACAAAGAUCGAUAUUUUUACGUCGUUCUUUUCGGUUUCAUUGUCACUUAUAUUUUCUUGCAAUCAUUCGCCAUUCCUGGUUCAAUUUUCUUGAGUGUUAUGUCUGGUUAUUUAUUUCCAUUACCAUUGGCUUUAUUGUCCGUUUGUUUCUGUUCUGCUGUUGGUGCAUCGAUAUGUUAUUUACUUUCAUGUCUCUGUGGCAGACCAUUUAUAAUUAAAUAUUGGCCAGAUAAAGCAAACGUUUUGUCCAACAUAAUCGAUCAACAUCGUAGUCAUCUCUUUUACUAUAUGAUUUUUCUGCGAAUCACGCCAUUUUUACCGAAUUGGUUUAUAAAUAUAACAUCCCCCAUUGUUGAUGUUCCAUUAUCUACAUUUUUUAUUGGAACAUUUUUAGGUGUUGCACCUCCUUCAUUCAUUGCCGUCCAUGCCGGUACAACUUUAUACCAGCUAACAUCAUCAUCGAAUAUAAUAUCUUUUCAAUCUAUGAUGAUGUUGUUAGCAUUCUCAUUACUUUCUUUGACGCCCAUCAUUCUGAAACGAAUAUUUGCUGAUAAAUUCAAAAAGCCUUAACUCAUUCAACAUGAACACAUUUAAUUUUUUGUAUUUAUUUUCUAAAUAAUUUUAUUUUUGUUUGAUGAUCAUUUUUCAUAGUUAAACAAUUUUCCCUUCCCAUUCAUAUUUCACACCAUCAUUGUAUUUCCGGAAUAGAUUCCCAAAAUUCUUUUUCCAUUCA